UAUGAGCCUCCUCCUAGCCUUGGGGCAUCUGCUGUUGCUGCUUGACUUGCCACACCUUUCCUGCGCCUCAAAUUCUACGCAGUCGCCACUGGAUCGGCAGGCUGAGGCACUUCUCAAGUGGAAAUCUGGCCUACUCAGAAGAGGGAGCUAUUGUCUGGACUCAUGGACAAAGAAAACCAAUCCAUGUAGCUGGUAUGGGGUUGCCUGCAGCACCAUGGUGCCUCGUCGACGCUACCAUGGUGAUCGUGUCCUAGUUGUGUCAAAAAUUUCGCUUCGGUGGUGUGACCUGAAUGGCACGUUGGACAGGCUUCACUUUGCAGACUUCCCCCAUCUUCAGUCCCUGGACCUCAGCCAAAACUAUUUCUCGGGUUCAAUACCGUCAUCCAUUGGGGGUCUCUCCAAGCUCAUGUUCUUAGAUCUAUCCUACAACUACCUCAAUGGAUCUAUCCCACGAUCCAUAGGCUUGCCUCAUCUUGCCCAUCUCGACCUGGGAAACAACGCUAUUUCUGGCCGAAUCCCAUCAAACAUUGGUGCUCUUGCAAAGCUCAAAUACUUGGAUCUAUCCUUCAAUCAUCUUGAUGGAUCUAUCACACCAUCUAUAGGUAAUUUGAGAACUGUUGCAGGCUUGCCUCAUCUUGCCCAUCUUGACCUCAGUUACAACUCUCUCUCGGGCUCAAUCCCAUCAUCCAUUGGGGGUCUCGCCAAGCUCAAAUACUUGAAUAUUUCCAACGGUCAAAUCAAGGGUUCUAUUCCUAGAAGCAUUGGAAAUCUAACAAGUUUAAAAUACUUAGAUCUUUCUAACAAUCAAAUAUAUGGUUCCAUUCCUUCGACCUUGUCGAAAUUGAUCUCUCUAAUAACACUAGCACUUCAGUCCAAUCAGCUUAAUGGCAUAAUACCACCGGAGUUAGGAUCGCUUGUUCUUCUCUCACACCUCGAUCUAAGUACGAAUCGACUUUUUGGAAGCAUUCCACCUCAGAUAGGACAUUGUCACUGUUUAUCGUCAUUACUUAUAUCAGAUAACUUAUUGACAGAACAGAUACCACAAGAACUUGGAUACCUAUCGAGUCUGGAUGAGCUUGAUUUCAGUAAAAAUAAUUUAAGUGGCGCCAUUCCAGUGAUUUUUUCUAAACUUUACCGACUGUCUACUCUGAAUUUAGCAUUUAACAGUUUGGCUGGCAGAGUUCCAUCUAUCACUGCAAAUUUUAUCUCACUUGACAAUAAUACGGAGUUAUGUGGCGAUUCAUAUGGCUUAACGCCAUGUAAAGCACCAAACCACGAUAAAGAACAUCUACGCAGUAAACAUCCAAGUAUGGUACUUCUUGCUUUUGUAGCUCCCUUUUCUUUCGUUUGCCUCACAGUAGCAAGCAUCGUGGUUGUUUGCCGGAUAAAAAAAUCAGUAAAAAGUAGCAGUAAAAGCAACUCUGGAGAUAUACUUUCCAUAUGGAAUUUCAGUCGGAAGAUCGCAUUCGAAGACAUACUCAGCGCAACAGAAAAUUUUGAUGAGAAAUACUGCAUUGGUGUUGGAGGUUACGGGUCUGUCUUCAGAGUUGAGCUGGAGGGCGGAAUUAUUUUUGCUGUCAAGCUCCUCCACUUAAUGGAAGAAUACAGCGAUGAGGGAACAUUUCACGCCGAGAUUGAAGUGCUGACGAAAAUCAGGCACCGAUGCAUAGUCAAACUGCAUGGGUUCUGUUCCCACUCCCAGUGCAAAUUCCUCGUGUAUGAUCUUAUCGAGAGGGGAAGCUUAUCAUCCAUUUUGCAUGAGCAAGAGCUAGCGAAGGAACUUGAUUGGUCCAAGAGAAUUGCUGUUGUGACAGAUGUAGGUCAAGCUCUGUCCUACUUGCACCAUGGCUGCGAUGAGCCAAUUGUGCACCGUGACAUUAAAAUCAGCAAUAUCUUACUAGACCUUGAUUUCAAAGCUUAUGUCUCAGACUUUGGCAUGGCGAGGAAGCUGAAGCAAGGCUGCUCAAGCUGGAGCACUAUCUUUGCAGGGACAUGUGGCUACAUAGCCCCAGAAUUAUCAUCCACUAUGGUGUUAACUGAGAAAUGCGACGUGUACAGCUUCGGCGUGGUUGCGUUGGAAGUUGUUAUGGGAAAGCACCCAGGUGAUCUGCUCCUCCCAUUCUUUUGCCAAACAGAGCAACCAGGAAAGCUCAAGGACGUCCUGGAUCAACGCAUUGCGGCACCGUUGACUGUUGACGAUGAAAAGGCUGUCAUUUUGGUUGCUCUGGUGGCCUUUGCUUGCCUGCAAGUCAGCCCAAAAGCCCGGCCGACAAUGCAGCAGGUAUAUCGAGUACUCUCAAGUCGAAGCCACCCAGCGCUGGUGCUAAGGCCCCUUCAUGAAAUCAGGCUGCAAGAUUUGCAUGAUUACUGUGGCGCCAUAAAGAGUAUCUGAACCUGUAUAUCUGCUCUCCAGGGUAGGCAUUUAUAUAUUUGGCCUCAAUUUUUUAAAUAUCUCAUUUCCAUAUUUGUGAGUACAGACUGAUGAACAAUAAGGAAAACAU